GGCUCCCUUCCGCUGUUCCCAGUGUCUUAACACUGCCGGUCGGCAGGGCGCGAAAAGUGGCCCGCACGUUCCUCCCGCACCCGAAGAACAGAGGAGAGCGCCGCGAAGUCCCCCGACACUAAGUGGCACCCGCCGCUGCCCUGCUACGUUGGGACCCCUUCCCCCAACCCGCCGAACCAAGCCGCCUUCCAGCCACGCGCCGUUGGUCUUCCGCGCUUGCGCAGGCCUCGCCACUGCGCGCGCCUGAUACCACGCCCCUCGCGGUGGGCCACGCCCUCGGAGGCUCCGCCCCUGUCACCCGGAUCCCACCCCUCCUGCCUUAGUACCCCAAACCCCAAUGAUCCUGCAGCAACCCCUGGAGCGGGUCCCCCCAGGUGGGGCCCUGCAAGACCCGCGGACCGCCUCAGGGGUGACUCGAGGCCUGGACACCAGGGAGCCCUUGCGAAAGCAGUUCCUGUCUGAGGAAAACAUGGCCACCUACUUCUCUCGACUCAGCCUACAUAAUGACCACCCUUACUGCAGCCCCCCCAUGGCUUUCCCACCAGCCCUGUCCUCACUGAGGAGUCCUUGUUCAGAACUACUUCUCUGGCGCUAUCCUGGGAAUUUAAUCCCAGAGGCUCUUCGGCUGCUGAGGCUGGGAGACACCCCUGGUCCCCACUACCCUACAACCCCAGCUGGGGACAUAAUGGAGCUCUGAAUAAUAGUGGACAACACCAUUCCCCAUUACAGAGGAGACCACAACCCUCAAGGGACUAGGUGCUUGCUUAUCUUCCUCCAGACCAGAUGUUUGGGCACCAGGACCUUCCCCCAAGAGAGGAGGACACUAAACUCAAUGGAACCCUGGGAUGGGAGGGCAGCAGCAGGGGAAGGGGAGAAAUGCCCUCAAAAAGGGAAUAAAAAUGGCUGAACAAUUGAAGGCUUCAGUCUGAAACCUGAGGCCUUUUGGGCAGGGUGGGGUGCUGGAUGCUGGUGUCUCUCCUCAAGAUCUUCCCUGGAAAACGGUCAGGGCUGGCCAGGUCCUGGCAGGCUGGGCUCCAGGCAUUGAGAAUGUGUGAGUCAGAGCCUCACCCCCCGCCCCCGCGGCAGACUGACUCACUCCCUCCCUCCAACUCUGGGGAGUCAAGCUGGGGAUCAUGCCACACUCC